AGUGAUAACCAGUGUGAACCAGAACUGGUUUCUUCAAUCACUACUACUUAUCAUAAUAUUUCCGACGAACAAUCAGAUAAUGAAAUUGUAUUUGAAAAUGUAAAAUUAAUCAAAUCCAAAGAUAAUAAAUCUUAUCCGUCUGUGAAUAACGACGAGAAUAGCACAACUAGUAGUGUUACACAAUGUGUUAAUGAUGAAUAUGAUACAUUGGAUGAAUUAUUCGAUAUUGCAAAAUUGUUAUCAGACUCUAUGAAUAAUCAACAACAAGUAGUAGUAGUAACAUCUAUGGAAAAAGCACAAUUGAAAUCAGAAGAUGAGGAGAAUAAUAAUAAUUAUGAACAAAAUACAGAAAAAGCAGCAUUCAGCAGCAAUAAAGUUGAUGAUAUCGGUGUUAAUCGAUAUGAUUUAUCAUCACAAACAAGUGAUAAUCAUUUAAUAUCAAGUCGUAAUGUAGAAUUAAAUCAAAUUGUCAUUGGUUAUCCUGAUCGUAUGUCGAUUGUUGUAGAAGAGAGUGAUGAUGAUUAUAUUGAUGGUAGUAAUGGAGAUUAUACAUCUGAAGCUUCAUUUAGUCAAGAAGAAUGUCAUGAAUAUAGUAGUCAGACAUUAGUGAAUGAAUUGCCAUCUGUUCAACAAGAUAUACAUAAAGAACAAACAAUAACAUUCGUAGACAGUCUCGAUGAACCUUUACGAGAGAAAUCAGGAUCUUCGUCGACUUCAGAUGUGACAACGAUUGAUGAGAACGAGGUUGCGUGUGAAAUUGAAAUUCACCCACAACCAUUAGAUCAUUGGGU